CGCCGAGAUUAGGUUUUCUGAGUCUUCACUUCCACAGUACUGUAUAAUCAAAACACAAGCAAACACCUUUAUCAGUAGAAAUCCAAAACCCUUACAGAUAAAAUCUUAAAAGGAAUUUAAAAGUAACGAAUAAUGGCGUCAAAAUUCGGUUUAGCUGGCGGCAUACCGGAGCGGCGGGUUCGACCGAUUUGGGAUGCGAUUGAUUCGCGGCAGUUUAAGAACGCGCUCAAAUUGUCAACUGCACUUCUUUCUAAAUACCCUAAUUUACCUUAUGCUCUUGCACUUAAAGCAUUGAUUUUAGAAAGGAUGGGGAAAUCCGAUGAAGCGUUAUCAAUAUGUUUAAAUGCGAAGGAGUUUUUGUAUAAGAAUGAUUCCUUGUUAGUGGAUGAUCUUACUCUCAGUACUAUGCAGAUUGUUUUUCAACGACUUGACCACUUGGAUUUGGCAACUAGCUGUUAUGAGUAUGCUUGUUCAAAAUUUCCGAAUAAUUUGGAAUUAAUGAUGGGGCUUUUCAACUGUUAUGUACGAGAAUAUUCUUUCGUCAAGCAGCAGCAGACAGCUAUCAAAAUGUACAAGCUUGUUGGUGAAGAAAGGUUUUUGCUUUGGGCCGUUUGUAGUAUUCAGCUACAGGUAUUUUGCGGGAAUGGGGGAGAGAAAUUGUUACUCUUAGCUGAAGGCUUACUUAAGAAGCAUGUUGCUUCCCACAGCUUGCAUGAACCUGAAGCUCUUAUUGUCUAUAUCUCCAUAUUGGAACAGCAAGCAAAGUAUGGCGACGCAUUGGAAAUCCUUUCUGGGAAAUUAGGACCACUUCUAGUUAUUGAAGUUGAUAAACUACGCGUGCAGGGUAGGCUGCUUGCUCAGUCAGGUGACUAUGCUGCUGGAGCCAGUGUUUAUCAAAACAUUUUAGAAUUAUGCCCUGACGAUUGGGAGUGUUUCCUGCAUUAUCUAGGCUGUAUGCUGGAGGAUGACAGCAGCUGGAGUAGUGGAGCAGAUAAUAAUCCAGUUCAUUACCCUAAAUUUUUGGACUGCAAAGUCUCUCAUUUAGCAGAUGAUGUGUUUGAUUCUCGUUUAUCAGAUGCGUCAAUUUUUGUGCAAAAGCUACUGGUGGAUGCCAAUAACGGUUUUGUUAGGUGUCCACACUUGGCAAUUCUUGAAAUUGAAAGGAGGCGGCACUUAUAUGGAAAAGCUAAUGAUGAUGAGAUAAUGGAGGCUCUAAUGCAAUAUUUUUACAAGUUUGGUCACUUGGCCUGCUUCACUUCUGAUGUUGAGGUGUUCCUUCUAAUCUUAACUACGGAGAAAAGGAUGGAAUUUGUUGAGAAGCUUACAAAAUGUUCCAAUACCCUUUCAACAAUCCCAGCUAAGGUGCUUGGGCAGUCAAUAACAGUAUUCAAAAUACAACUGUUGGUUGGAAAUAUAGACAAGCUUCCAGUUGUUGAACUUGAGGGUUUUGCUAGACAAAUGGUGGAGAUUUUUUGGAAAAGUAUUCCACUUGCGAAGGACUUGGAUCCACAAGAGAGUAUGCAUGGAGAAGAGCUGCUAUCUAUGAUAUGCAAUGUAUUGGUUCAGUUAUUCUGGCGGACAGGGCAUUUCGGCUACUUCAUGGAGGCAAUUAUGGUUUUGGAGUUUGGGCUGACUAUCCGACGAUUUGUAUGGCAAUACAAAAUAUUAUUGCUGCACUUGUACUCGCACUUAGGUGCUGUCUCAUUAGCUUAUGAAAGGUAUAAAUCAAUGGACGUGAAGAAUAUAUUAACGGAAACUAUUUCACACCAUAUUCUUCCCCAUAUGUUGCCAUCUCCUCUGUGGGUUGAUUCAAGUAAUCUGCUACAAGAUUAUCUGAGAUUUAUGGAUGACCACUUCAGGGAAUCUGCAGAUCUUACAUUUUUAGCAUAUCGCCAUAGAAAUUAUUCAAAGGUAAUUGAGUUUGUGCAGUUUAAAGAACGAUUGCAACGAUCCAAUCAGUAUCUAAAUGCAAAAGUUGAGACAUCGAUAUUACAGCUAAAGCAAAGAGCUGAUAACAUUGAAGAAGAAGAGGGAAUUCUUGAUAGCCUGGAUUCUGGGAUUUACUUUGUAGAGCUUUCAAAUGAGAUCAGAUCAAAAAAUUUAACCUUCAAUGAAGAUUUUCAAACACGGCCGUGGUGGACUCCGGCUCCAGAAAAGAAUUAUCUUUUAGGUCCAUUUGAAGGAAUUUCCUAUUACCCUAAAGAGAACAUGACAAAAGAACGAGAAGAGAAUGUGAGAAGAGUUAUUGAAAAGAAGUCUCUUCUCCCUCGAAUGAUCUAUUUGUCUAUCCAAAGUACCACAGUAUCGUAUAAGGAGAAUGGGUCUAUAUCUGAGUCUAAAAUCUCCUCAGAGUUGAAGUUUUUGCUUGAGCGUUAUGCAAAGAUGCUGGGGUACUCUUUAACUGAUGCAAUAGAAGUGGUUAUGGGAGCUUCUACUGGCCUAAAAUCAUCUGAGGCUUUUGGCUCAGACACGAUUGACUGGCUUAACUUUUCUGUGUUCUUGAAUGCCUGGAACUUGAAUUCCCAUGAGCUCUCACAUCCUGAUGACGAUCGAGGGGGGCGUGGUAUUUGGCAUAAUGUGGAUACUUUACUGGCGAUGUAUAUUUUAGAGAAGACCAGAUCAAUGGGGUCUCUUAUUAGCUCGCCAAGGGGUGAUCUUCCAGUUUUAGUUCAAUUGAUUACGGAACCAUUGGCUUGGCAUGGUCUUGUACUGCAGUCCUGUGUCCGAGCAUCACUUCCUUCUGGAAAGAAGAAGAAGAAAAGUGGGCCUACAGAGCAUUCAACCUCACUACUUUGCGGUAUAAUUCAAGAUUCAAUAAAUUCUUCGGCGGGCAUAGUUGAAGAGGUUGCAAAGUGGAUACAGGAACAGAUUAACAAAGCAGAGGAUGAGGUUGUGGAUAAUAUACUCUCCUCUCUUGGGAAAAAGGAACAGGAUGAAGGGCCUGGUCAGGUUUUCCACCUUCUGGAGAAGUUUACCUCAUCAAUUGACGAGGUUCAGCUUGGCAGCCGCAUCUCCCAAGCAUUAAAUUUAUGGAGUCCUGUUGAUGUUGCAAGGAAGAUAGUGAUAGGUAACUCUACAGUAUUAUCCGAGUUUCUGCGUAUUUGUGAAUCCAAAAUCAAGUUGUUGCACAAAUUGAAACAUCAGAUUGCUCAAGUCUGAAGAGAUAUAUUGCAAGAUGAAAUCAAGGUCUCUUCCUGUAUUUCUUGUUACGCGAGCGCGGCAUUUAUCUGGUUUGCUAUUAUUGUAGUCUUCGUGUCUAGGGGAUGGAUGUUUCAAAUUUUGUCCUGUUUCCCUUUUCUUAGUGAUUUUUUUAUCUGCAGAUUUUCAUGCCAGCUUUGUCUCUGGCAGUAGCUGCUUCUCUUUAAGCAGUAAUGGAAAUUUUUGUGCAAGAGUUAGCUUGAUGUAGUGUAGAGAAGAUUGUUUGGAAUUCUUGUGGACUCGCACAGGUUUCUAAUUUUGUUCCUCGAGUGAUUUAUUGUAACAAUGCAUCAAUGUAUUAUUUGGUUGAUUGUUAAUAAACAGAGUGCAAGUAUUUAA